AUGAUACUGCGACGGCUGAGCGCUCUGCUCUUUUUGCUCAUCGUCGUCCCACUGGAACUGGUAAGGGCCCAGCGCCGGGUCAACAGGACGAUAGACGACCAGCUGGGUGACUCUGAAACGGGAGCUCGACCCCGCUAUGUACCUCGUCGUCCUGGGCCUGGCUGGAAUAACGAGACCUGUCUAGGCUGUGCCGUUCAGCCAGACCGCUCGCGCGUUUUUCGGGGAACGUAUAGCGAAACUACGUGGCAUAUUGGGGAGGGUCUCAGGAGCGUUGAGAUGUCCUUUGACGGCAUUGCUAUAUGGGUGUUCUUCAUCCUUGCCAAUGCCGACGAUCAGGGACCCUUGGUGACCACCGCAACAGAUGAUUUACAAACACACACCCGACCUCACGACCCAAGCAAUACUUUAUGCGUAUUUUCUCGAACCAACCUGCCUGCGGGGGACCAUACACUUCGGAUAGUGGCGACUAGUCCUGACAUCGAUGUCUAUGUCAACUUUGACUAUGCGAUCUAUACACAUCUGGAGGAUGGCCCGAUACAGCAGUCAAGUCAGUCUCUUCCAGAACCGACGUCAACUGACGAUCCAACCCGUCCACUCCCUUCUGUUUCCAAUGAGCCAAGCAACACUCCCUCACCGUCAGCAUCAACACCGUCAGCAUCAACUCCUUCCGAGUCAUCACCAACAUCAACUCCGUCACCGCCAACACCAACUCACUCACUUUCAACAUCAACAAACGGCCAAACUGACGGCCCAGCCCUUCCUGGCCCUUCCGCCGAGUCCAAUGUGUCAAGCGACAGUGCAUCACGUUCAACACCGGUUGGGGCCAUCGUUGGAGGAGCUGUUGGCGGAGCAGCAGCUUUAGCUCUGUUUGCCUGUCUUGCUUUGUGUUUCUGCUUGAGGCAGAGGCAGAGGCAGAAGCGUGAAGAAACCAUCGCCGUGACCUUGGUCCCCGAACCGGCUACUUUCAUCUUUCCCUCUUCCCCUGGCGGCCCCAGUUCACAGAAGGGAUUGAAGGGAAGUAUAUUUCCCGCAGGAUCGUCAUCGCCUCAACAAGAGACCACCCGUCGGGAGAGACAACAAGAGUUGCAGCAACAACUUCGGGCGGUAGAGCAGGAUAUGACCCAGCUGGGCCAGGAUUUGAAGAGAGGAACUUCUCUUCGAGUUGGGGAGUCGACGUCGACUGCCCAGGAGGGGGAGGCAGCGUUGGAGGAGAUGAGGAGGCAGAUGGACCUGAUGCAGCAAGAGAUCAACUUUUUAAGGCGAAAUCGGGUGGAGGAAUUGACGGAUGAUCCACCUCCCGGUUACAGUCCGCGUUGA